GUUGUUUGAGUGUUUGAGGUUAAAACUCUAAUUUAAAUCCUGUAAUGAUGGAAAAGGAGGACGUCCUGGGAAAGUUCCUCCUAAUUCUGCUCAUUUGUUUUGGUUUGAUGAUUGUGAAACAUGUUUUUUUUUUUGGAAACAGCUGCGUUGAUUGCUCUGUAAGGAGCACUUGAGUGUGUUUGUCACAUUAUACCGCUCUCCAGUGGACAGAGGGAGUAGUGCAUCUGAUAUCUUGGUAUUUAUAAAUGUAAGGGAGAUGUUUUUAUUAUCAGUGAAGGACGGUUUGUGAUUAACUUACAGUUAUUGACUGUUCUGACAGCUGAGGAAACAUCUGUGUCGUUCAGAUGAAUAUCAGAAUAUUCAUAGUUAUUUAUCAGAUUUACCUCCCAGAACAUCAGUCUGCUCUGUUUAGAUUAGUCAUUACAGGUGUAAUGUUGAUGAGAGUGUAGCUGUGCAGUGCAGUGAGGAUGGGAAACGGUGACGUAAUGUGAAUACAUGUGAGAGUGCAGCACUCAUAAUAGCUUACUGUGCAGCUUUACAUUCCACAGUGGGAUAAACCCUGAUGGGAAUGUUGAUCUUCAAGCUCUUGUAUAUAUAGUUAGAUCCAGAGUCAGAGAAAAGGCUCAGUCAGUACAAAACUAAACAUGGUAACAGAGAGAAACUGUGACCUCAGGCAGGGAAAAAUCUGAAAUAAAUCUGAUGAGGUUUGUUCUGAUAUUUACAAUUUAUUCCAUUUUGAAAAGUUCCUCGUUUCAUUUAUCUUACUGUGCUGGAGUUAGUUUGUGUGCAGCACUUUAUUCUAUAAAAAUGAAGGUUUAUUAUUAGAAAAAUCAUGGUGGAGAGUGAAGUGAAGGAGAGUGAGCGAUCACACCUGAGAGAUUAAAGCUUUACAAGCCUGAGUCUGUUCACUUACAUGAAUCAUGAGGCUGAAAACGUGGCCUUCAGGUCACCAGACUGUGGAUUGAGAAAUGACGUGUGCUGCGUUUCUGCCAAUCAGCAUUAAUGAAAUCCUUUUCUGAACGUGCAAGUGAAGGCUUUUUCAUAACACGGACAAGAAGUUUGAACUAACGCAGGUUUAUUUCUCUCCCUCUGUUUGACAUAUUCGACAAACUGAGCGGCUUUGGCUCAGGAUGGCGAGCUGGUGGACGGCCGCAGACGUGCUGGACAGUCUGGACCUGGAGGAGGACUCGAUAGUGUCUCGGGUCAUUCAGGCGGUCGGACUGUUUGGAGAUAUUCUGUCGUUAGAGGACACGAUGCAGCCGAUGAUUCCUGAGGGAGGAGGGACUGAGGAGGAGAGGGUGAACGAUGUUCCAGGAGGAAAUGAUGAAGGAAAAAUGACGAUGGAGGAGAAGAUGGGACAAGAUCAGGAGGUUGAGGACUGGAGAGAAGAAAGUGAGAGCAAAGAGGAAGAGGAGGAGAAAGGAGGAGAAAAAGUGGAAGAAGAAGGAGGUGAUAACGGAAUAACUGCAAAGGAAGAGUUGGUGGAAGAAGAGAAAGAUGAGGGGUGUGUAGAGAAAGAAACAGGGAUUGAAGAAGAGGAGAAAGAAAAAAGCGAAGGUGAAGUAGAUGAAAAGGAAGACGACAAGGCAGAAAUGAUGGAGAAAGAGAAGGAGGUAGAGGGUGAAAAAGAUGAGGAAAACUUGGAGAAGGAAGAUGAGGAGGAAGAAGAGGAAGAAAAGACUCAGGAGAAGAAAGAAGGGAGGAGGACAAGACUGAGGACGAAGAGAGGGAGGCAAGAGAGUGACAGGGAUGAAGAGAAGGGGUUAAAAGAGGACAAUGAUGGACAGACAGCAGAGGUGGAGAAACAAGAAGAACAGGGGCAACCAGAGGAGGAAGAAGAAAAGGAGGUGAUGACGGAGAAGAAGGAGAGAAGCAGUGACAGAGCAGAGAAAGAAAAUAAGGAUGAAGAAGAGGAGGUAGAAGAUGGAGAGAAAGAAAUAAAGACUGAGGAGGAGGAAGAGGAAAAGGAGGAAAGGGGGGAUGAGAAAGAGAUGGAAGAGGAGUUUGAAGAAAGAGAGGAACAGAAGCAGGCAGAGGGAAAAGAAGAAGGAGAGGUUAUGAUCGGAAGGAAGGAAGAGUGACCGAGCAGAGAAAGAAAAGGAGGAGGAAGAGACAGAUGAAGGAGAGGAAAGAGAAGACGAGGAGGUGACGGAGGAGAAGGAGACAGAAACAGAGAUGAAAGGAUGUGAAGAAGAGAUGGAGGGAACAGAGAAAAAAGAAGAAAAGGAGGCUGAGAAACAACAAAAUGACGAUGGAGAAGAAGAAAAGAUGGAGGCUGUGGGAGGCCGAGAAGAAACUGCAGAGGAAGAUGAGAAAGAGCAGGAUUCUCAGAGACCUCCUCCUCCACCUCCUCCACCAGAGCCAGAGUCUGCUGACGGAGACACAGUCCUCACAGACGGAGAGAAAGGCUCAGCCGCUGCCAAGGACCUCGGCGGGGACAUUUAUCCCACAUCGCCGAGCAACGACAAAGAGUGUGAGGAGGCAUUUCUGAGCGGCAGCUCGGACGCUUCAACUCAAACUGCUGCUCCACAGUCAGACUCAGAUCUCCCUGCAGUCAGCGCCGCUCUGCAUCUGACAGAUCCAGGAUCAGCUGCUGAAGACGACUCCAGAGACGCUACACCUGAGCCACAGACAGGUCGACUGACAUCAGGGCGCAGGCUGGAGAAAAAAGUGACACUGAUGGAUGCAGCUGCUGAGGCCGGGCGAGGAAACAAAGAGCUCGGUCUGACCCGAGACCCCGCGAUGGAGGCAAAGGAGGACAAAGGAGGCAAAGAGGAAGGAGGUCAAAACUCUCUCCAAGAUGAACGGAGAGGCGGGCGAGAAGAAGAGCAGCAGCCGUCAGUCAAAGUACAAAACUGUAUCGUACAGGAAGAUCCGGAAAGGAAACACCAAACAGAGGAUUGAUGAGUUUGAGGCCAUGAUUAACUCGUGAUCAGGCCCUAGAUUGACCAAUCACACUUUAACCAUUUUUUAAUCUUGUGUAUGAAAGUAAUAAAUGAAUAAAGUUUGUUGUUUAUUUAUAUAGCACCAAUUAAUAAUGAGGUUAAUGUUAAAGUGGCCUAGUAGUUGGACUCACCUUUCACUGCUGUCUGCUUUUUCUUUUGGUAUUUUCUUCUACAGUCAUUCAAGCCAAACCUGCUCCAUCAUAUGUGGGUUUUACUGUUUAUCCAUGUAGAAAAAUAAACCUUAAAAUAAUCAUUUAUCUUUUACAAAAUAAAAUAAACACCGUUAACAACACAGUUUUUUGUAGAAACUCAUAUGACUGAUGUAUGUGUAACUGACAGUCUGGUAAUCACCUUUGUGUUAUAUUUAUGAAUGAAUUUAAUGAGAUUAAAUCAGCUUGCAAAAGG